AUGUUCAUGUCUGGUCUCCAAUCGGUGGCCCAAGAUAGACUGCACAUCGUCGCUAAGGUGGCCAGCCAUCCCCUGAUUGUCUGCAGCGCCGAUGUCCAUGUAACCCAACGCACUCCAUUUCACACCCGCAAUUUCGCCCUCGCUAGACUGGAGAAGGACGACUGUGACGAGAACGCAAACGAUAACGGAAAGAAGAAACCAGACGGCGACAACGACAGCGACACCAACGUCGACAGCCCAAUUGACGCCAGCCAGCCGUCUCCUAAUCUGGCGCAUGCCCACAGGUGCCUGCCUCGGACAGUAGUUUUAAUAAGCAGCCGUCUGAGCGCCAGCGUCAGUGAGGUCGUUUCGGCGGCCGCCACUGAAGUGGAAGCGUCGUCGUCGUCGUCGCCAUCGCAGCAGAAGCAGAAGCAGCAGCAGCAGCACCAUCUCCAGUACCAUCAGCAGCAGCAGCACAGUGCUGCCCACUACGUCCUGCAGCCGCCCUUCCGCAACCGCGCGGCGAACCCUUCUGGCCCGCCACUGCUACCUCUGCAUCGGCUGACUGCCUCCCGGCUCUGGAACCCGACCAACUCGACUCCCCGCGAGCUCGAGAGCCGACCCCGUCGCCCAUCUACUCCCCCGCCGCCUGCUGUGCCACUGUCGCACCCUGUCCUCCACGCUAUCGCACCGACCGAUCCUGCGGACCUCGUGUCCACCGCCGCAGGGGAACACCCGCUACUCACCCUCCCCGAACUGCGCCAGACUCGCCAUUCGACUUCGACCCGUGCCAGUUUGCAGAUCGAAAAGGCAGGGAGCGAUUGUCGCGUCAGCCUGCCCGGUUCGCUGCGACACUCGUACGACGACAAGGGCGCUGCGUCCUCUUUGAACACAAGCGCGCAAACAGACUCUGGAUCUGUGCCCAUAAACAAAGAAGCAACUUGUGAACAAGGCCAGCCACCUACGAGCCCGCGGCGGUGGCCGAACUCGGCGUUGGCAUCUCUGAACCCAACACCUGAGUUCUUUCCAGUCGACACACUGGAUAAGGGGAAAGGGAGAGAAAUAAUGAAUAGCCCGGACGAAGGCCCAGGGAGGCAGCCACCUAGAGAUGGAGAUGUGGAGAGAGGACCGGACGUACUGUUGAGUCCAGACGAGCCUCGUCGGUCUAUGGUAUCUGGUAUCGGGUCGGCAAUAUCCUCGGAUAACUCCUCGAUUAUGGGUGACCCGGAUCAACCAAUCGAUGCCGGUGAAGAAUGGGGCCCGCAGCACCCUUGCUACCCUCACCUGAACCCUCACGUCCCUGUCGACUCCCCCGAGUACUCAAAAACUCGCAUCAUCAGGAUCCGUAGGGACUGGCUGCUCGAGGGCGAUCUGGCCCCGACUUUCUCAAAUCUUUACCCCGAAAUCCUGGACCCGGCUGGCCUUUCGGAGCAAGAGUUUCGACGGAUAAUAGAAAAACUCAACGGAGAGUUGAUACCCAUCUUCAACCCAUACAGCUGGAGGAAUCUUUUUGACGGCUUCAUGGGUGUCGUCACGGGCUGGCUUUGGGAAGAUCUUGGUCUCACGGGUGCCAAAAUCCGUCUAAAGAAGCUUGAGCAAUGGAUAGAGAAAUGGAAUGCCGAUAUGGAAAAGACUACAGGUUCAGAGGAUGGAGUCAUACCUCCCAUGCUGAUCCCAUUACGCCAGACUGCAUACAUGAGUUUGGACAUUCGGAUCGGCGAUCCUGAGAUCGCUCCCGCUCAAGGACCCUUACCCGAGACUCCUGUAGAAUCAGGGCCGGGGAUAUCAUCAGAACCAGAAGCACCAGCACCUGAUGAAGGGCCCUCAUGAUUCGACAGACAGCCGUACUAGGCUGGCUGUAUGAGCCCAAACACAAAGCAAAACCCCUUCCACUAAAUUGGCGGGUUUUGUCUUUUACUAAUGGAAUUUCCUCUGAGACAUAUUGUCACCCUUCUUCGAUUAACCUUAUGAAAUGACUUCACGGAGAUACCCAAUCACCCCAUGCACUCCCAUCCUCACAAAUACUUCUUGUCCAAUACUACUUGGCUAUAAGAUGCCUUUAAUACCUUUUUUUUUUUUUCAUUUAACCUUCUCCGGAUGUAUUUCAGGCACUAUCCGUGCUGUAAUUUAUGUUUUUCACCCUCUGUUUUCACGUUUAAUCUAGCAUAUGGAAAGGCGUACACUCUGGUCGGCCUUCUUUUGUUUGGGGCCUCCAUCGCAUUACUAUCUGCGCAGUUUUUGUCUAUUUUGGGAGGUUCACUCGGUAGCAGUCUCGUUUUGUCUGUCGCUUAUCGGCAUGACCGUCGAGGUCCGGCAUGGCUUAGAUGAAGAAGCUCGCGCACAUU